UAUUGGAACAACUGUAUCUAUUAAUUGUGUGUGGGGAAAUCUUUUUUAAUCUUCUCCUCUCCUUUCCCAAAGGAAUAAAUUAUCUUAUUUUUUAUUUCAGACUUCAAAUGUCACAAAAUACUCUAAGGCUUCGAGACCCAAAUAUAUAUCAUGUAUUGCCAACAAGCCAACACUCUUCUUAUUCAAAUAAUCUUGUAUCAGUAACAGAUGCUGAACAAUUUCAUCAGAGUGAGUCAUUCCAUCUUCGAAUGGCUAGCAAUGCAACUAAUCAAGACUCACCCAAUAUAGAACAACAUCAAAACAAUCAUGUUGACUUGCAUGAUUCGUUUUCCCAACAACAUUUGUUACAUCCUACUACUACUACAGCUACUACUACCACUGCUACUACUACCACUGCUGCCACCACUGCUACUACCACUGCCACUACUACAGCUACUAUUACAGAUAUAUCCUCACCUAACAAAGAAGAUUAUAAUGCUUAUCAUCCCUUAUAUAAUAGAACUUCUUUCAGUUCAACAAAUAAUUUAAAUAAUAAUAAUAAUCCAUUGGAUAUGCAACAUCGUCGAUCUUCAGACGCCACUGAUAUUUCUAACCUAGAAAAUCAUCAUCAUCAUCAUCAACAACAGCCUAUCUUUAUACCUGGAUGUAACCAUCAAUUUGAUUCAAAUCAUCAUUCUAUAGCUAUAUCUGCUCCUGCCAAUAUGGCCUAUGACUAUUAUUAUGAACAUAACCAGCAACAUCAUCCAUUCUCACCGCAGCAAGCAUACAGUAAUACAAACAAUGCUAUUAAAGUGGAAAAUGAUAAUAAUAGUCUACCCAGAAGUUUUGAAGAUGAUUACACAAUGCAAAUGAAUAUGCAAUUAAUAAUGGAGAAACGUAGACGUAGAAGAGAAUCUCAUAAUGCAGUAGAAAGAAGGCGGAGAGAUAAUAUUAAUGAAAGAAUUCAGGAGCUAUGUAGUUUAUUACCAGAAACGUUUUUAUUAGAAGGAGGAGGAAAUAAUAGUAAUAAUACUACGAACAAUAAGCCAAAUAAAGGUUUCAUAUUGAAAAAGUCAGUCGAUCUUAUUCGUCAAUUACAACAAGAAGUUCAAAUAUAUCAUAAAAGAGUUGAAGACUUGGAAAAACUACUAAAAAUGUAUCAACAGCAAGAAAAGAAUGAAUUAUGUAAUAAAUACUAAUUAUUAUGAAAAUAUCUUAUGUAAUAAAUACUAAUUAUUAUAAAAAUAUCU